AUGGAUAAACACGAAAGGAUACUACAAGCUUAUGCCAAAACCGAGACUCGGGAAGGAAAGACGAAGUUCUACGAUUCCUGGAGUGAGGAGUAUGACCAGGACAUGCUCUCUGAUGGAUACAAUGGACCAGCUAUGGCGGCCAAUGAGGUGGCGAAAUUAUACCCCAGUACUAGGGAAAAUGUUCACGUGCUAGAUGUUGCAGCAGGAACAGGCUUAGUUGGUCAAGAGCUGGCCAAACAUGGAUUUGUCAAAGUUGAUGCCUUAGAUCCGUCCCAAGGGAUGCUGGACACUGCGAAAGAGAAAGGUGUCUACGACAAGUUCAUAUGCUCAUAUUUUGGCGAGGAAGAACUUGCUAUUGCACCAGAUACCUACGAUGUGCUCGUUGUAUGUGGAGGCUGCACCAACAUGCAUCUGCCCUGUAACUGUCUGUGGGAGGUCGUGCGGCUGGUAAAACCAGGAGGUUAUUUUGUGCUGGUGACACGUCCAUUUCACCUGACUGUGAGCGAAUACAAUGGACGUUUCGAACCCUUAAUUGAUCAGAUUGAAAACGAGGGGAAGUGGAAAAAGAUCCGUAAAGAAAUUGUUCCGGAAUAUCACAGAGAAUAUGAAGGCAUCGUUUUCGUGUAUAAAGUGAUAUAAGAACUUUUGCUGAUGAAAAGAUUUUGUUGGAAAUUUUCUCCGUUAUUCACUCUAAUUUAUUUCUUUAGUAUCAAUCUCAUUCUUUUUAUCAUACUUUCUCUUUGUAACGCAAACAUGGGAAAACGAUCAAUAACACAGAAGCACACCCUAACGAUGCAUGAUGCACUCGCCUGGCCCCAGCAGAAUUGGGCAGAGACUAAUAUCAACUAAAGGGCCGUAACUCGUCCGAGAGUUUGAUGUUCAUAAGGCUGCAUACCAAGAUUCAUAUUUUUUUUCUUGUGAACUGAAGUUAACAUGUACAAGGUCCAUACUCAUAAAAUGCAAACGGUCAUUUAUAGCUCUGUACAUUGGGUUUUAAUCGGUCCCACUGUCUAACUCACCCGAGAGCUUGAUUUAAAGUUAAAUACUACGAUUCAUCAAAAUCUGUUCAUAAUCGUGUUCACAAGAUCCAAGGUAAUAAAACUGCCAAUGCCCAUAACUCUGUGCGUUGCGUUUGGAUCGGCCCUAAUGACAUUCUCGUACGGGAUAGUACUGAUAGGCCACCAUGACAUAUAUUCAAACAUAUUUUGGAAACUUACCUGAAAUCUGAUAAAGAUCUAUUCAGUGAUAACCAGAAUAUUUUAAAGUUGAUAAAGAUCUAUU